AUGACUACUCUCGUAUUUGACGAGCGACACUCGCGCGACAUGGCUCUACGUAAUUCAAAUGACGUCACUCCUUGCUUGGAUCUAGAGCGCGCUGCUAGCACGAUCCAGAGAAUUUAUCGGGGCUACCGAACUCGAAGAGAACUCAGGGGACUUGAUUUGGCUGCCUCCCGCCGCGAGCUGACUCCCUCACGCGAGAACCAUUCACGAGAUCUCUUCGGGGGCUCCAAGGCUCACUUUGCUGAUGGCAGUUCCAACCCAGCGCGCCAAAACUGGAACCGGGCUGUCAGCGUCGCUAUUCAAGCCAGCGGCGAUGACGCAGAGUCCGAGACCGCUCGCGCGACCAGCGCCAAGCAUAUGGAUCUCGAAUAUUUCUUGGAGAUGGUAGAUUCGAAGCACCGUCAUGGCUCGAAUCUGCGUGCCUACCAUGCUCUUUGGAAGAAAUCUCCCUCUAGCCAAAACUUCUUUUACUGGUUGGAUCACGGGGACGGAAGGGAUGUCGAGGUUCCACACGUACCACGCGAACGUCUCGAGAGACAACAGAUCAGAUACCUCACUGCCAACGAGAGGUUCAAUUAUCUAGUCAACAUAGGCCAGGAUGGCUUGUUUCGAUGGGCGAAGACCGGCGAGCUGGUAGAAACUAAUGAUGUCAGAUUUAGGGAUAGCCUUCAUGGCAUAGUUCCCAUAGAAGACAACGCACCUCGAUUUAAGGGUUACUCGACCCUCGACAAGAAGCCGUCUGACCCUGAGAUGGCCUCUUCACCAUUGUCGUCUUCUUCGUCUUCCUCGCCUUCUUCGUCUUCACAAGGACUGGCCGUCAAUAAGACCAAUAAAGAGCCGACUUCUGCCACGGAAGAAGACUACGAACUUAAAAAGGCCACCAAGAAGUUUCCCAACGUUAACCCCGCGGCAAUUUACGAUCGUUUUGCAGGAAGUCUCUCCGUGAAAAAGGGCAUGUGGAUAUUUGUCGCUGAUACAUCUUUUCGUAUCUAUGUUGGGAUCAAAGAGCCCGGAGCUUUCCAACAUUCCUCCUUCUUACGUGGAGGGCGUAUUGCAGCUGCUGGGCUCCUCAAAAUUAAGGCCGGUCAACUACGCAAGCUAGCUCCUUUAAGUGGUCAUUACCGGCCCCAUCUGGCCAACUUUCGCGCCUUUCACCAUUCUCUUCUUGAACGAGGCGUGGACUUGUCUCGUGUUUCUAUGAGCUAUUCAUAUGCUGUCCUUGCUGGAAUUGAGGGCUACACUUUGACCAAGCGGAAGAUGCGCUCGAUGCAUGAGAAAAUUGAGAACACGAAGGAAAAAUUGCAUUUGAGUCAACCACAUGCAGCCCGUGCCGGAAGCUAA